AUGGUCGUCGCCCCCUCCAUGGCACCUUCAGCCACUAAUGAUGAAAAUGAGUGCGGGGAAGGCUACCUCCCCGUUGCAGACAACCCCACGGAAAUUAAGCGGAUUAAGCUUUUCAUCCGACCCCCGACACCCCCAACCAUCGAACAGGUCUGUGGUACCAAAGCCAUUCGGAAUAAGCUAAACACGAAGGCGAUUCCUUACUAUGAUAAGCUCACGAUUCGAAGAAAGGCCCGUCUGGACCUCAUUCGGGACCAGAUUCCUCGCCUGGAAGGAAGCGUCCCACCUACCGCACUCCCACCAUGGUUCGAAAUGGAUAUGAACGUGAAAAUCCCGUAUGUGAAGGCACCAGAAAAAUACUUUUACUACGCUCGUGGUAAAUUAGGGGAACCUCUUCAUCGCUGUCACCCUUUCUACACGGUCUACGACCAGCGCAACCAAGUCCGAGUUGUGACCACUCCAUACAAUGCGCUCCAUGAUCCAAGCGUAAGGACGUACUUGUUCCAACCAAGUGUCAAAUCCUUCCUCAACCAGCAGGGGUUAAUCAACGAACGGAGCGAGGUGUUCUGUUCACAGCGAGAGUUCAACCAAUUCAGGGGCUAUCUCAACACCCUGUUCAACGAUGAAGUUGGUCAGGCCGUACGGCGAAGGGAUUCGGACUGGAAGUACCAACGACAACAGAUGCUCAACAUUCAGAGCUACUUUAGCAGGACGGGGUGCCAUGGCCAUCAAGCCUUUUUGAACUCGAGGAGGGUCAGAGCCAAAGCAAUUCAGAGGGAAGCCCGGAAAAAUAGGAUGCAAAAACAUAACGAUCGAGAAAGACGCAUAGAAAUUCAGAUGAUGCAUUUUCGCGAGCAAAAGGCACAAGAAAAUCUGAUCCGUGUCAUACUCGGUUAUCAGCGGGAUCAGAGAACGGCAGAGCGACUUUGCCGGCUUCGAUGUCAGAGGAUGAUGGUUCAACAGGAAUUAUUACAGUCUCUGCUUGAUCUUGAAGUCCAAGCGGAGACUAGAAGAAAGAACAACAUUAUUUUGGCAGCAAAGACAGCUGAAUUAACCAAGAUUAACUGGGUGGAUGAUAAAUUGGAGUUUGGAAAGGCGAAAAUGGAACAUAAUCGUCAGUUGGAGGAGGCCUUGCGUUUAGAAAAUGAGGCAAACGCGAUCAAACGUCAGCGACGCGUAGAAUAUGGCAGAGCUAUGAUGCGUUAG